AUGGCUGUUGCUCUGCAGGCAGAGCAGGCCUGGAAGGAAGCAUUUCCCAGCAACAAAAUACGACCUAAAAUCUAUUCCGGCAACAUUCGAGACGAUCAUGGCUUCAGGCCCCUCACUGAUCCAACAAUAUUCGGCGAGGACAUCUCCAAGCUCAGUUCUGCCCAGAUGUACGCCGUGGCAAGCAAUAAUGCUCUUGCCUUGCAGAUCGCCCAACGAGAGUAUCUGGAAAUUAGCCGGGAAUUGAACGAAAUUAGAGAUAUUGACAAGGAUGUUCGCGACCCUCAGGCGCCUCUGGAUAAGUUCACAUUCGAAGAGACUAAGGAAGCUGAGUUGUACGGCCAGCCGUACGAGAAGGGAGCCCCAGCGCGCCUUGAACAUGGAAGACCAAACGAAAACUUUGGCAAACUUCCCAAGGGAGUCGAUCUUCUGUCUGACCAGGAGAGGACGGACGUACGGUUUGCCUUUGAUCCGUUUCAGAUAUUCUAUCCCAAGUCAAAGGCUUCCGACAAGCCAAGAAGGAAGGGCAGGGAUGGUUUGAAUGACCCUACCAAUCCUGACGGUUUUGAUACCUACAAAAUCGACAAAAAAGCAUACGUCCCAGUACAGUAUCAGGACGAAGCCGAGUACACUCACAAGUACAACAAGCGACUUUUGGAUGCAAAUGGUGUUCCAAUACGUCCAGUCUCCCCGGAUCCAGAGGAAAUGGAUCCCUCACGCCAUACACAAGACAACAACUCAUCUCAGGCGACGGCAACUUCGAUCGAGCCAGGCAUGCAGAAUAGGAGAGCGACUCGCUAUAAUGGUACCAAGGUUCCAAAUACGCGCGAUGUAUCAGAAGCUCCUUCCGGCACCUCAACGCCUAAAAGAAAGCGUAAUGGUACGCCACUAGGUGCAGCAACUCGAGAAGACACACCGAACAAGCGUCCAAAGAUUGAGCAAUCUCCACUAGCCCCAGGCAGCAUUCAUCGUCCCGAUUCUCUUUCAGGCGCUGCAAGAAGAAAGCCUCAUCCAAAUCAGUACACAAAAGCCAGAGAGGCCCGAGAACGUGAAGCGGCUCUCACCGAGUCGGCGAGUGUAGAAGUCGCGCCCGCAGUCGUCGCUCCAAAGCUGGACUUGAGCAAUAUGACUGAUGACGACAAGUGGAAGCGCAAAUGGACAGACGCUGAGUUGCUUGCAGCCAUCAAAGAAGAUCACACCUGGCUUGGUGUCAAGGCAGACCUGUGGCGACCGAGACUGCUCAACAGUGCAAACCCAGUCCGCAGCCUUUCCAUGUUGAAGAAGUGGAGAUUCUGGCAGGAUAGUGGUCAAGACAAGAGGCCAAGGAACAGAGAGAAGAGCGAAAACGGAGGCAAGAGCAAGGAGGGGAGUGUGAGUCGCGGCAGAACGCCGACUACGCCAGCUACUGCGGUAGACUCUGAAGCUUUUAUCGAACCGGUCACAAAUGGUACUCAUAUCGAGGUGAAUGGUAUAGUCGACAGCGAGCAAAGGCAAGAAGUUGUGGUGGAAGGGGACUACUUCGAGCAAAGUGAUGGUAUCAAUGGAAGUUCACGACCAGCACUGUCUCGACGAUCGACCAGAAGAGGUGCCUACUAG